CGUCCUGCCGUCCCCCUGUGGGUCUCACCACCAUCCCCGCGUCCGUCCCCACGUCCUGCCGUCCCCCGCGUGGGUCUCACCACCAUCCCCACGUCCGUCCCCACGUCCUGCCGUCCCCCGCUGUGGGUCUCACCACCAUCCCCACGUCCGUCCCCACGUCCUGCCGUCCCCCUGUGGGUCUCACCACCAUCCCCACGUCCGUCCCCACGUCCUGCCGUCCCCCUGUGGGUCUCACCACCAUCCCUGCGUCCGUCCCCACGUCCUGCCGUCCCCCGUGUGGGUCCCACCACCACCCCCACGUCCAUCUCCACGUCCUGCCGUCCCCGUGUGGGUCUCACCACCAUCCCCACGUCCGUCCCCGCGUCCGUCCCCACGUCCUGCCGUCCCCCUGUGGGUCUCACCACCAUCCCCACGUCCAUCCCCACGUCCUACCGUCCCCCUGUGGGUCUCACCACCACCCCCACAUCCGUCCCCGCGUCUGUCCCCACGUCCUGCCGUCCCCCUGUGGGUCUCACCACCAUCCCCACGUCCGUCCCCACGUCCGUCCCCACGUCCUGCUGUCCCCCUGUGGGUCUCACCACCACCCCCACGUCCGUCCCCACGUCCUGCCGUCCCCCUGUGGGUCUCACCACCACCCCCACAUCCGUCCCCGCGUCCGUCCCCACAUCCUGCCGUCCCCCUGUGGGUCUCACCACCAUCCCCACGUCCGUCCCCACGUCCUACCGUCCCCCUGUGGGUCUCACCACCACCCCCGCGUCCGUCCCCGCGUCCGUCCCCACGUCCUACCGUCCCCCUGUGGGUCUCACCACCACCCCCACGUCCGUCCCCACGUCCUACCGUCCCCGUGUGGGUCUCAUCCCCACCCCCACGUCCAUCCCCACGUCCUACCAUCCCCCUCCCCACGUCCGUCCCCACGUCCUGCCGUCCCCCGUGUAG